AUGGUGAGGAAGGAAGACGCCAACUCCCGCGAUGCACCUUACUCGACAGGAACUGACCAUACUUUCAAGUUUGACGAUGCGGAAAUCUUUGCAUGCGGUGGCAACCACGUGAGCUACGAGCUACUCGAGGCAUGCUUUUCAGGCCCCCACUCCAUCAAUGAGCGCAACGGUUUAACCUGCCCAUAUGGUGUACUGAGAAGUUUUCUGAGCAAGGGAAUCAGUCACAUGGGAAGGGCCGGGAGCAACAACAACUCUGACGACAAUGGGCAUAAUUGUCACGGAAUUAUCACGCCCGCAUCCGACGCCGAGAAGGCAAUUGUUGCAAUUAAUGAGUCCAACGCGAAAUGUCAAGACAGUCAUUUAAGACCCAAGCGGUGGCUACAGAAGUGA